AUGGUGUCUCGUCAAGUAGGCGACCAGAAGACGGACGCGACGAGGUGGAGGCUUCGAGACGUGGGUGGAGAGCAGACAUGGCACUACCUGAGCGAGGAACAAGCAAAGGAUUGGCCUCAGACUACCGCAGACAAGUACUUUCUCGGUCUGCCUACUGAACAACCCAACCUUCCUCCAGCCAAGACUCCCCUCGAAUCCGCCGAAAAUGGUCUCGAAUUCUUCUCCAAACUGCAACUUCCUCCUGGCAAUUGGGGCUGCGAGUAUGGCGGUCCCAUGUUCCUGCUCCCUGGUGUUGUCAUCACCUGGUAUGUCACCAAGACGCCCAUCCCCGACGCCUACAAGAUCGAGCUCAAGAACUAUCUCUACGCGCGUCAACACCCAGAAGAUGGAGGAUGGGGUCUACACAUUGAGGGAGACAGCUCUGUCUUUGGCACUGCCAUGAACUAUGUCGCUUUGAGGCUGUUGGGUGCAGAUGCUGAAGAUCCGCGUAUGAUUAAGGCUCGUGGUCUGCUGCAUAAGCUUGGAGGUGCUGUCAAUGGUCCUCACUGGGCAAAGUUCUGGCUGAGUGUACUGGGUGUUACUCCUUGGGACCUCGUCAAUCCUGUGCCUCCGGAGCUAUGGCUGGUUCCUGAUUGGGUGCCCAUUGCUCCCUGGAGAUGGUGGAUCCACAUGCGAAUGGUCUUCUUGCCCAUGUCAUUUAUCUGGUCCCGUAAGUGGUCUUUCCCUGCAGACAAGCUUGUCAAAGAGCUACGAAACGAGCUCUUCGUCGAGCCUUACGAAUCCAUCAAUUUCGCUUCUCACCGCAACUCCAUCUCGAGAUUCGACAACUACCACCCAAAGUCCUGGGUCUUGAACCUCAUCAAUUGGAUCUUGGUCAACAUCUGGAACCCAUAUCUCCGAACAGAGUCACUGGUCAAGCGUGCAGAGGACUGGGUCUGGUUCUUGGUCAAGCGUGAAGACGAAAACUCCGAUUAUUCCGAUCUCGCUCCUGUCAAUGCGCCCAUGAACAUGCUCUGCUGCUACAUUGUCGACGGUCCUGACAGCUACUCUGUUCGUCGACACCGCGAGCGUUUGCACGAGUUCUUGUGGGUCAAAGAUGAAGGUAUGCUGGUCAACGGCACAAACGGAGUACAGAACUGGGAUACUUCUUUCCUGAUUCAAGCUGUUGUUGAAUGCGACAAGGCUGAAGAUCCCAAAUGGAGGCCCAUGCUCGAAAAGGCUUUGGAGUAUCUCGAGAGUGCACAGAUCCGCGAAGAGUGUGUCGAUCAGCACAUCACUUAUCGUCAACAACGAAAGGGUGCUUGGGGUUUCAGCACAAAGAGCCAAGGUUACACUGUUUCUGACACCACUUCUGAAGGCCUCAAAGCUGUUCUGAUGCUCCAGUUUUUACCCAGCUACCCUCAACUAAUCUCAGACGAACGCAUCAAGGAAGCCAUCGACGUCCUCCUAACCAUGCAAAACAAGAAAUCUGGCGGCUGCUCUUCGUACGAAACCCAGCGCGGCUCUGAAUUGAUGGAAUGGCUCAACGCAGCAGAGGUAUUCGGCCGUAUCAUGGUCGAAUACGACUACCCUGAGUGUACAACCGCAGUCGUAACAGCAUUAACCAUGUUCAACAAACUCUACCCUAGCUACCGCAGUCAAGAGAUUGCAUUGUUCAAGAAGGGAGCCUACAAUUACAUCAGAAACGCGCAACGUGCAGAUGGAUCCUGGUACGGCAGCUGGGCCAUCUGUUUUACCUACGCAGGCAUGUUCGCUCUAGAAGCCCUCGCCACAGCAGGAGAAACCCACACGAACUCUGCUCGCGUACGCAAGGGCUGCCAAUUCUUCAUCGACAAACAAAUGGCAGAUGGUGGGUGGGGAGAAACAUAUCGCAGCUGUGAGACUGGCGAGUACUGUCAACACAAGCAAAGUCAAGUCGUGCAAACCGCUUGGGCAGUGAUUGCCUUGCUGGAAGCUGGAUACCCAGAUAGAGAGCCCAUUGAAAAGGCAAUCAAGCUUAUCAUGUCGCGUCAACAGGCCAAUGGCGAGUGGCUGCAAGAAGGCAUUGAAGGUGUCUUCAACAAGAGCUGCAUGAUCUCGUACCCUAACUACAAAUUCAUCUUCCCCAUCAAGGCACUGGGCAUGUUUGCUAAGAAGUACGGCAAUAUCGAGAUUCAGUAG